AUGAAACUGGAAGAGACCGCGCCAGCGCUCUCCGUCAGCCCGCUGGUCUCUGAUGAGGUGCGCCCCUCAAUCAUCCGUUCAAUAAUGUGUAGUUCAGUGAACGUUCUGUGCAGGUGUGCGCGGUGCUGUACUAUCUGGUGUGUCGAUGUGAUCAAUCACAGCUCAACAUUCUACAUCAGUGAGCUUACCAACAUACGCCACACACGUUUUCAUCGUUCUUGCAACUAUCCCAAGUUGCCGGCAUACACUCAAAGCUUGGAGAGUGUUCCACAUCGAGACCUGCAGCUGAGCUCGUCAGUGGUUGUGGCCUCUGGACUUGAGCUCCGCCCAGUCUCCACCCCUGCUGUCUCGAGGGUCAGAGUCCGACUGAGAAAGUCCAGGAUACCACAGAACAAGAGGUUGUACAGAGCUCAGAGUGUGGUACUCCAUGAAGAGGUACAUACAGUACAUGGGCUGCUGCUUCUCAAGAGUGUGGUUUGUUAUUCGCUUGGAAUAGUUUCAACUCUGUUCUUUGUGAUUACAAUUUUGAGCCUUGAGGAUCACACUAUAGAUACAAGCAGAAUUUAUCCCACCAAAUUUGUCCCCCCUGCCAGCUCCCCAUCAGAUCUUUCACAUCUUCCCCCAGUCACACCCUCCCCCAUCACGACGGGAGUCCCUGUGACCAACAGUCCCUCCUGUCACCUCAUCUCCUUUCCCAGGACACCCCUACUCCCCAGUCUCCCACCCUCACCAUCUCCACUCCUCACACCUCUCCCUCCCUCCACACACCCUCCCACUCCAACACCCAUCACAAGAACACCACGUCGUCACCUUUUGACCACACCCCUUCCUCACGAACUCUUGACCUCCGAUCACGAUUCCUUCAUAAGAGGCGGAGUAUGUCAAAGUGUUCAAUUGUCUCCAGAUGCCACUCAUUUCCUGACCUGGUUCUCUAGUCUCACUGCAGGUUGGCAGCAGCAGGAGGUGCUGCACAUGUUGAUAUCAGGUCUAGACGUCACCCAGCUAUAUUUCCUGUCUGCCAUCCUGCUAUCCAGGAAGUUCAGGGACCCAGUAGGUUGCCUUCCUGAGCCUCUGGCACUCCACUUGCUGUCAUACGUACCACCCAAAGACCUCCUCAGGAACUGCACCACUGUGUCUAGAGUUUGGCAUGAGAGGUGCACCAGCGAAGCUCUCUGGAAAAAUCUAUGUUCUUCGAGUAGACUGGGUGUUCCGAGAUUAAGGGGUGGAGCUUUGUGGAGAAGGUUGUUUAUAGACAGUCUGAGGAUGAAGUUCAAUUGGUGGAGAGGUCGUUGUGCUGUGACCUCUCUGGAGGGCCACACUGGCAGGGUGCUGUGUGUCAAAGUGAGAGGAGACCUGACUGCUACCGGCAGCAGUGACUCCACCAUCAGGAUAUGGAGUUUGGAGAGUGGUCGGUGUGUACAGGUGCUGACUGGGCACUCUAAAGGGGUCCAGUGCCUUCAUUUCUAUGGAAAGAGGCUGCUAAUUAGUGGCUCCAGCGACCAAACUGUAAAGGUGUGGAACAUAGUGACUGGUGCAUGUGAGAGUACUGCAGCUGAGGUACACACAGGGACUGUCUGGUGCCUCCAGCAGAAGAAAGAGGUGCUCAUCACCGGCUCACAUGACAAGUCCUUAUUUCGGGAAACGAAACUUAUGGACGCAGUGAGCGAAAGUCGUUCUCUGGGCAUCUCCGUGCAAGGCACGGGGAGGGAGCUAUGUCGCGGGCCCCACUCUAGGAUUCUAGAGGUCGUCUACGGUGGAGUACGCUGCCGAGCCAAGAGAAUCGACACGGCCUCAGGAGAAGAAGGGCUCAGGGAGUGCCUCGCGGGUGCCUGCGCCGUGCUAGCUCGACUGCGCCACUCGAACAUCGUCCAGUUUCUCGGGACGCAAGCGGGGGACGGGUUCGCCGGGAUCGUGACGGAAUACUUGCUCUACUCGCUGGCCAAGGUGUUGGAGAGGCACGGGUCUCUGCCGGAGCAGCUAUCACACUCCGUCCUGCGAGACGCCUCCUCUGCCUUGGUCUACCUGCACGAUCUCUCCCCGCCUGUCCCCCACGGCCACCUCGUUCCAGCCAACGUCCUUCUCACCGAAGAUUUCAGGGCCAAACUCAGCGACGUGGGCGUGUCGCGGUGCGUCGAGUCCCUACGAAAUAUUCCGCGGGAAUCCGCGGCCUACCUCCCGUCCUCGCCGUCAGAGAAACCAGCGACAAAGACGGACGUUUACUCCCUGGGGGCAGUCAUGGUGCACGUGGUGGGGGGCACGCACCCUGCAAACCUUCUCUCCAGCAGCAACGCCGAGAAGAUCCUGGCCAAAAACCUGGGUGUUGCGGAGCGACACCCUCUCUGCGGCCUAAUGCGAGACUGCCUCAAUUCCGAGCCAAGCAAAAGACCGACUGCAGCCCAGGUCCAGUCCAGACUGAGCCACGAGGUGACUAAGUUCCCUCCCCUCUCAAUGGAGAGCAGACUGGCGUUGGUUCAGGGGAUGAAGGGAGCAGGAGGAAGUCCAGGACACCCACUGUCUUCCUCCAGGAGAGCCUCUUUCUCUCCCAAGAAAAUGCUGCGUGGGACGGAGAGCGACAGGAGUCUGGCUCUGGCUAUAGAGAGUGAGGCUCUAAAACUGGAGACAGAGGAGCUGAGAGUAGCUAAUCGAGGCCUGCGGACAGCUCUUGAUAAACAGAUGAAGUUUGUGACUGCACAUGACCACGAGAUGGCGGCCAAGUUGAUGGCGAAGGACCAGGAGAUCGUGGCAAGACGGCACGAAAACAGUGCUCAGGCUUCGUUGCUGAAGGCAGCUGAGGAGAACCUGGCGGCCAAGGAGGCCACUAACAGAGGUCUCAGUCUCCAACUCCGCAGUCUGCAGGACUACCUUGCCUCCAGGGCUGAGCCUCAUCUGCUGAAUCCCAAGGCCCAGCUAAAAUGGAAGAAGUGUGCAGAUGUUCCACACAGCAUGAUAUUUGGUCAGGCUGUCACUGUGAAGGACAAAGUGUACUUUGGCAGUGGUACCUCUCACCUGGGAGAGACCUCCUCGUCUCCCCGGAUCCUCUGUUACUCCCCCGUCCAGGACUCCUGGUCCUCACUCCCUCCAUGCCCCGUUGUCGGCUUCGGAAUGGGCUGCUAUCUCGGAGAACUGGCUCUGGUGGGCGGGGGUUACGGGUCACCUGACGAGGGGGCAACCUCAUUAACAGGGGAUGUCCAUCUCCUUGACGAGACCCGAGGAGAGUGGAACAAGACGCUCCCGCCACUCCUGAAGCCUCGUAUGCUCUCAACGGUCGUCUCCCACUCACGAGGGCUGGUUGCAGUUGGAGGAAUAGUUCUGGACGCCACACACGACCAGUGCCUCAGCUCUGUGGAGGUGUUUGAGGAGCAGGCAGGCCAGUGGCAUCGUGCUGCCUCCCUCCCCAUCGCCUGCAUCGGGAUGACCAGUGCAGUAGUUGGUGACUACUGUUACCUCCUCGGAGGAUUCACAGACACUGACCUCGACAGACCCACCACCCACGUGUUCUCUGCCUCCCUCACCUCCCUGGUCCAAGACGCUGUGGGCUCUCGCUGCGGACUAACCAACGGUUCACUGGAGGACCAUACCGGUCCGGUCUGGUCCGAGUUGGUCAGCUCCCCACGCUUCGCGUCCACAGCUGCCAACCUCGGGAACUGUCUGCUGACACUGGGAGGCAGCGACGAGCAUCUGGAGCACAAAUCAGGCGCCCUCCAUGUUUUCUCUCCUCUCACCAACUCCUGGAUCCGUAUCGAGGACAUCCCAGCAGUGAUAUGGAGUGCGAGGUCCCUACAGGCGAGACUGAGUCUGGAGGGACAUGGGGGAGUGGUCCUGGCAGCUGAGCUGUCAGACUCUGCCACAACUGCCUUCACUGGAGCAGGAGAUGGCCUGGUGAGGGUGUGGAGGGUGGAGUGUGGUGAGUGCGUGAGGACAGUUGGAGUCAUGGGAGCUCCACCAAUCACCUCUCUCUCCUGGAGCAAGGGCUGGCUAGCAUGGAGCAGUGGGACCACAGUGUCAGUCUGGGACUCCCUUCACUGGAGGAAGAGAUGUGAGCUGACAGGCCACGAGGACAGAGUGGAGUGUGUUCAGCUAAAAGUCCAUGAAGAAAGAAGUGGGCGGGGCCUCGUUCUUACUUCCUCCAGAGACAGUACAGUCAGAUACUGGACCUCUGGCAGUGGGAGACAGAUCAGUAGUCUGAGAGGCCACACAGCCACAGUCAACUCCGUCUCGAGCUGUUCCUGGGCCAUUGUCAGUGGCUCCGACGACCGCUCGCUCAGAUUGUGGAACUUCCACGCUUAUCAUCCUAGCUGACCCUCCAUUUUAGUCUAGUGAAUGUGUAUUCUAAAAGAUGGGCACAGACCCAGAUGAUUAUAAGCCAUUCCGUAUAAUAGUGCGGAAGUGCGCACUUCCUUCUCCGCCGCACCGCGCCCGCCCGCUAAAAAGUUGGGCUGGGCUUGUAAAUCAAGAGCGUGCGCAUGCGUGCAUCAUCAGCCGAUCUCGAAUGGGGUGAUGCUGCUAGAAGACUGCGAGUUUUGCGAGCCGGAAUAUAUUUUAUGGCGACCCGCGGGAGCAAGGUAAGCUAUCAGAUGUCACUCAGAAUAAUUAUCAAUGCAUGAAACCUUGCUAUCGCAACCUUGUUGAUUUUCAACAGAAUUUCAUGUAACAUUUGUAUGAACUUCUAGCAAAUUGUCAUAUCAAACUGUUGUGCUGCAUAAUAAUUAUGUAUGCAGGUUGGUAAGGUUGCAGUGGUUGUAGGUGGGUGUGGUUUCCUAGGCCGACAUCUUGUGGAGGGUCUGGUGGCCCGAGGCUAUCGGGUCAGAGUGUUUGACAUUCGAACCACCUUCACUCAGGAGGGGGUGGAGUUCCACACGGGAAGCCUCUGCCGGAAGGAGGACUUGCUGCCAGUGCUGCGAGGGGCCAAUGUAGUGUUCCAUACUGCCUCUCCUCCUCCUUCCAGCAAUGAUAGAGAGUUGUUCCAUAGAGUGAAUGUAAGAGGGACGCAGACACUCUUGGAGGCGUGUCUCCAAGCAGGUGUGGGGAGGUUGGUGCUGACCAGCAGUGCCAGUGUGGUCUACGAGGGAACUGACAUCCAGAAUGGAACGGAGGAUUUGCCGUAUGCAGCAAGUCCCAUGGACUACUAUACCGAGACAAAGAUACUUCAGGAAAAGUUGGUGCUGGAGUUCAAUGACAGUGGAAGGAUACUGACAGUUGCUGUGAGACCCCAUGGAAUAUUUGGCCCCCGAGACCCCCAAAUGUUACCCACCGUCAUCAACACUGCCCGUGCUGGCAAGAUGAAGUUCAUUAUUGGAGAUGGGAAGAAUGUCGUGGACUUCACAUAUGUGGAGAACGUAGUCCACGGCCAUAUUCUGGCAGCAGAGAGCCUCACUCCCAACUCACUUACCUGUGGCAAGGCCUACAACAUCACCAACGACGACCCUCUGCCAUUCUGGGAGUUCCUCUCUCAGAUUCUGACAGGGUUGGGGUACCCCGCACCAUCCACCCACCUCCCCUUCUGGCUCCUCUACUGCGUGGCCUGGGUACUCCAGCUCCUCGCCCUCCUCCUCUCCCCACUCCUCACUCUGAAGCCCACCUUCACCCCCAUGAGGGUGGCACUCGCUGGGACACACCAUUACUACAGCUGCAAGAGAGCUCAGAGAGAAUUAGGGUAUUCCCCACCCGUCACCAUGAGGGAGGCACUUCAGCAAACUCUGACCUCUUUCUCACACCUCAAAAAACAAUAGAGAUUUUAAAAGUAGUUUAGGUUUUAUUUAUGCAGUGAGCAUAUUGUGUAAUGUACGUUUUGUAUGUGGUGUAUUUAUGACGUAACAGGAU